AUGGGAAGUAGAUUGGGGAGGAGGGUAAUUCACUUCGCAAACCUACCCAUCAAGCUCUUAAUGCCCACCAACUUCACUAACAUCAGAGAAAUCGCUCUCAAAACCAUCCCAUCAGCUUCCAAGGUCGAAAUCAAGCGCGUCCUCGAAUCUCUCUACGGCUUCCAGGUCGAAAAGGUCCGUACGCUCAACAUGGAGGGCAAGAAGAAGAAGCGCGGUGGCCUAUUGUUCGCCAGACCCAAUUACAAGAAGGCCUACGUCACGCUCAAGAACCCGCUCUCGCUCUCUCAGGACCUCUACCCGAUUGGAGUCGUCGAACAGGAGAGGAAGCAGACGAGCAAGCAAUCCAAGUCCAGCGUCGUCGAAGAAGGUGAAACUGAGAAGCAUUGGCUUUACGGGAAGGACAAGGAGGAACCUCGGAGGGUUAAGAACGACAAGGGUUCUGCUGUUUUCGGCGACGGUGUGGCCAAAUUUCCCUGGAGCACCAUGAGGUUUCGCUAG